AAGGAAAGGGACUGUCCCUGAUAAGCUUUCCUGUAAUUUUCUUUGUCAGUCAGUGAACACCCUGGAGUUCUGUGCUCUCUGCUCAUAUGCUCUCUCCAUGUUCAACUGUUUAGAAUACAUUGUAAAAGGCAUCUUAAAACGACUUCUGCUCAUUCUCCAACUAAUACAAUGGAAAGUUUGAGAUUUCCUGCUUUGCUCUGUGUACUCUUGAACACAACUGUGGUGCAGGUAGCUGAUGAGGUGAAACAAAUGGACAUGCUUCAUAAAGCUGUGGAUUUCUCAUACAGCAAUUGUAGGGACGAGAUGCUGCAAAUGGUCACAAAACCAGGAGGUCUGCUCCAGAGAGAGCUUAACAAUAAUCUAUAUUUUAAGUCAAUGUGGCAAAGUAAUGCAACAUGUACGAAGAGGAUUCCAGGAGGUACAAAGGAACACACGUCUGCAUUGCAGAGCUAUGUAGAUGCUGAUCCUAAAUUUAAUAAAGUAUUCAAUGCACAUUUUUACACCAAAGGCAGGAACAGCACAAGUUACCAAGAUUUUCCUUUCAAAUCACUUUAUUUCCUGCUGACAGAUGCCAUGCGACUUUUAAGCAAAGAUAUGUGUCAAACAGUCUACUCUGGCACAGAGGAGAAGUAUAUGGCAACAGUUGGAGAGAUGUUCAGUUUUAGGAGUUUUUUUCCAGCCAAAUUUAAAUUUAGUGAUGCAUCUGAAGAUACCGGAAAUAAUGGCGGGACUGUUUUCAGCAUCACUUCCUGUUUUGUGGUCAGCCUUGAUGAAAAUGUAUGUGAACCAGGGGAAAUGGAUCUGCUAAUAUAUCCCACUGAAGUUUUCACAGUUAAGGCUAUCAGGACUGUUAACAAUAGUAAUGAUAAGUUUACAGAGAUCACCUUAAUACAUUCAAAGGUUCACAGUCCUUUCAACUGUACCUCCCUUCUCAACUUUACCACACCUGAGGAAUCCUCUUCAAAUUUGCUGAGUUCCAGCUUAUUGGCUCCCUUUCUCAUGGUUUACUUUAACACUCUGGCUCUUUAAUACACACAACUCUGUAUGGUCACAAAGAUGCAUGAACUUAUAUGAAACAAGUAAAAACUACAUUACUUUUCCUAAUGAACACAAGUAUGGAAUGUUCCAUCAAGUUUAAAAAUAAAAAUAAAGCUUUUAAAAAACAUUUUGUGCUUGCACUAAACACAGGUAGCACAUGUACAUCUUAGAUAUAUCUGUUUUAGAUCUUUUCAUCUGGAAAAAAUCACAAUCUAAUUAAUAUCUGCUAAACAUAUUAAAAAGAUCAGAUUCUAAACAUCUAAAACAUCUUAAAGAUAUCUACUGAACAUCUUAUUAACAUCCAAGACAGUACUUAUUGUCAUACAUCUUAUAAACGUAUUGCAGUUGAGCAAACAAAGUAAAAAAAAUACAUCUUCUGAUGUAAACACGCACACAUCAAAUAGACGUCUGGUUGAUGUAUGUAUGUUAUCAGUGAAAUUGUGAAGCCUACACACAUUCAGUGCACUUAAAAUCUAUUAACACCCAUUUUAAUUUUAAUACACAGGAGGACACAUAAUAUUUAGUGUCGAUAAUAUGUGAAUAACGGGCUUAUUUCUUCCCUCAUCUGGGUUCAUGCGCAUUGUAUUUUCAGAUUUUUGCCAUUGACAUGCAAGUGCCAUCUUUACAGGUCACAUACAGAGGUUGCUCUACAAAUAUUUGGUCACUUUGUUCAGAUCCAAAAAAAGUAGAUGGAUGGUCAUGCUAGAUCAGGGGUCGGGAACCUAUGGCUCUUUGUUAAAAAACUAGUGGCAAGCAGGGUGUCUCACCAUUCACCAACACGUGAUCGUUUAAAACUUUCUAGAGAUAAUUUUCCAGUAGAAAGUGUGGAUGCGAUUCCAAAUAAAUUUUUAAUGCCGAGUAUUAUGCUGACGUACCAGCCACUGUGGAAGGCGACCCGUCUAAUUUUUUUUAUGACGUCUUUCUAAAAUAAAAAAUAAACAUCGCAAUUUUCCCCGGCACUAUGUAGGCAGCAAAGACAGUGACAGGUCCACCUGCACUUGACCCACAUGUGCACAGUUUGAUUGACAUCAAACACAGCCCCUUGUUGACAGCAUUCCCUGCUUUCUUCACAGCCAUUGGAUACAAUUAUUUUAUUGACAUUUUAGAUUUGUUUCCAGUGAGUUUAUAUAGUGAUUUUCCUGUUGUAAACAUAACUGUUGCUACUCUAGAAACAACAUUCUUUCAAAAAAUAUAUAAAUAUAUUUUUAUCAAUUAUUUAACAAUUGAUAAAAAACAAACCGAUAAGGAGUAUCAAUCAGAGUAAUAGUAUUGAUAAAAUCCUAACGAUACCCAUUCCAUACUUAUGUGGCCAUUAGGGGUAAUAACCCACAAUAGUAUACCCCAAGUAUAGUCUAACUACGCCACUCCCAUUUAUUGGACUGGGGUGGGAGGCCCAACUAAUACCCCAGAAUAAAGAUAUACCCCACACUAAUGAUAUUCAAGUAAAUGAACCAAUUGAAGGCUGAUGUAACAAAAGCAACGUAAACAAUAUUUAUUUGAAUCCUUUCAGAAUGGUUAAAAUAUUUCUUUAUAUACAAAGCAACCAUUAAUGACAGUAAUACAUCAGCGGCACUUACAUGAAUUCUCAUAAAUAAAUAUUCAUAUGAAACACUACAAUAAAUGAGGUUGGGCCGGACCACAGUGCUCAAUGUUGACAGGGAUCCACGUUUAAUUCACCAUGAGUACAAUGCUCCGAAGGAGUUCAGCACACCAAAACAGCAACCGAGGUUAUACUAUAUCAACCAUAAAAUGUUUUAUUAGGACACAACAAUUCUAAAUCACACCACACAAAUGGUCACCUUAAUACAUUGAGCAUUGAGCCCUGCCCACUAAUUAUAAGAACAUAAGCAAUGACCGCUUCAGUAUAAUAACAAAUAAAGUGAUAUGAUCAGCUGUACAGAAAGCUGUCCAAAUUUCACAUACCACUAGCACUUCCCUACCCCAAAUUUAGAUAUUGCACACUGCCCAAAUACAACAAGUUGUCUCAAUAGUAAAAUAUCCAUAAUCAGAUGAACAUGACCUUAAUCGUAAAGUUCCCAGGCCUGAUAUAACUGAAUGAUAAAAACAUACAAAAGUUUCAUACAUGAGAAAACAGUGGCUGGAUGUCCAAACAGAGUACACAAACUGCAAAGACCUAGAAUGACAAAAACACACUUAUUUAUUUAUCCCCAUAACCCCCACCCAUGCACCCCACUGGUGAUAUACAUUGAAAACACUUGUAAACCUUUGGAACACUCACGAGAGACGGUGUUCAUUCACAAAAGGCUCCUAAUGACCCUGUGUGCACUGAAGCUCACAAAUGCCGGAGCGGGCACCAGCCUGUGUGCACGGAUGAAGGAACGCACGGGGCCUGGUAUAAUGAUGGGCUACACAUAAAACAAACAUGAGUCUUUGCAAGACCAAAGUCUAACAAUUAAUUGGAUAUCAGGCUAACAGAUACCUACUUUGGGCUAAACCGCCCGCACCAACACACGGCAGCAAUUAUGCAAACACUCUGUAACACCAGCACCGUCUGUUAAAAACCAUAGGAUAUAAAUAUACUCAGCGCGUAAAGCAGGGGACCGUCUCAAUGCCUUGACUAUACGUACCUAGACACGAGAGAGAGCAUUCCCAGUGUAACAAACUUAAUUUUGGAUUUUAGUUAAUUGUUGUUACAUUGAGUGCCUUUACACUCUAUGGUGUAUAUGUGUGUGUGCAGUACAUUAUCCCCUCGGGGCUUGCCGUAAAUGGUGAGUGUGCAUGCGCACAGAGUCUGUUUUGUUGUUGUGUGCUUAUGUCCGGUUUGUUCGACUACUGGUGUGUAAGCUAAUAAAGAGAGAAGCUCGGAUUAAAACUCUGUCUGCAGUCGUUUGUUAUUUUCUUAUUUCUAAGUAUCUAGGCGAACUCCACGCCAACGCUCGGUUACACCAGCGAAUAUCAAACUUCGUUCUGUUUACCCGCCCAUUCUACAAAAUAAACCACAAUAUAAAUCACACCACAGCAUCUCACGGCUCACAUCAAAACCACACUCUUUAAGGGAAGCAUACCUACCGGCGUUAAACUCCGAGCGCUUCCGUGAUUCCAUUACUGGUGACUGCACAUGCACACACACACUUCAACACGCGGGACGCCAACACCUGUCUGCCUACGCUCACCUAUAAUCGCGGUUCCACUCCCCUCCGUUUCCUGUCUAAGCGGCCGACAAAACACAAGAACCAGCCCUUAUGGACACCUCUACAUUAAAGCCCUUGCUGCUCGCUCCUGGGUCCUAAAGUCCCACUGGCUACACUUAUAAGGCAAUUAUAUUGCAACCUGCUGGAAUUACUAAAGCUUGCAAUUAGUUCAUUUUUAGGCCUGAAGUCAGCGAGAAAAUAAUUGGAAAAUGUUGUCUCUGUCCAUAAAUCCUGAUGGCGGCCCUGCUCCUAGACACGCACAUUCAUAAAGUUUUGAGCCUCCUUUCCCAAUAACUAUUGACCUUGGCUGUUAAGAGCAUUUUCUACGAGCGAUUUUCUGAACGUUCGUUAUUUUUUAUGUGCACCCAGGGGGUGAAAUAGCACCCGCCACACGCAAAAUACGACAAGACUCAAUUCAGUUUGCGAGCUCCUCUCCAAAUGUAUUCCAUGCGUGAGUAAUUUUGCUCAUCUACCCAACAGGUGGGUGACCUGUAUGAUGUCUUGGAGUGACACAUGACAAGAAAUGCUGUUAGUCAAAAAGACGCAAUUGAAGAAACACACUUUAUUAUAUUUUUAAGAACAGACAAAAGAAAAGCUGUCAAUGCUCGUGUCUGAUUUGGCGUGCAACGGGACCCUUUCUCGUGAAACAAGCAUGUAAAGAGUUAUCACUCCUUUGUUUCUGUUUCAUUCAACUGAAAACUGUUUAGAAGAAUAAUGUAAUCUAUGAGAAUGCUGCAAAUAAUCUCCGAUCAUUUCGAGAAGUACUGUAACGGAGCAAUUCGCUCUUACACAUUGUAAAGCGCAACUCUGCAGGUUGAUUAAUAUAUACAGAUAUCUUUGUAUUAAAGAAACAAAGACGAAAGUGAUUAAAUCAUAAAGUAAUACAAGACACGUUCACCUCCAACCUAAAAUGUUGUUUCCUUUAAGCAGCAUUUCUUUUCUUUAAGCAGCAUCAACUGUAUUACCAAAACGCAAUGCAAACACAAUCCAUAAGAAAAAACAUUUGGCAGCAUUUUUUGGGAACACAAUUGAAUUUUUUAGGGUCAUUUAUUAUGAUGAUUAUUAUAAUUAUCUUUACAUUUAUAAUAGUAUUUAGUUCUUGAUUUGCACCUGUUGCCGCUUACUGAUACUUGCAUGAUGGCAAAUGCGGCCAUUGGAGACAGUAAAUGAUUGGAUUUAGGGAGGUGGUUAUAUAUAAGGUUUUUUAAUCACUUUGUUAUUUUAAUUGCUUUUUUCAUUUUGUUUAAAGUUCGAUUUGAAUUUAGAAAUGUUUUUUGUUUAAG